AAACUUUGAUAACUCGCUCGCUCACGCUCGCGACACACACUGAUCCACGAAUAAACAAGUCGUUUCUUUAAACAAGUCUUCUUUCUCUCUCGGGCCCUCUUUGCGGCCCAACAGCCGCUACAACGAUCCAGCAACCAUAUACAUAUCUCGAGAUUAUUCUUUAUAUUCCCUCGAGGAAUAAUCUUCUCGGCUCCCUGACGAAACAACCAGUGACGCGUUGUUUACAACUGCCUGUGACGCUUGGGCCAUUUGCCUCGAUCGUUUUCUAUGGUUUUGGCUUUUGUUGGUAUACGAGUUGAUCGACGUAUCGAUCGCCCAAAUGCGAAGAUCAUCCAUUCCUUCCAUCCAGAUAGAGAUGGCGGCUUUGAAAAAUCCAAGUCAAUUAGCCGAAACCCAGGACGUGGAGUUAACAUCACGUAGGAUCUUUGGGACCUUUUGGAAACAUCGGCUUUGGUUUUGGCGUGGUUUUCUUCUUCGCUCCAAAGUCAGAGUCUGUGCCAAGAUAUUCGUACGGAUGGCGCGUGUGUACGGAUAACUGUUAUUCCCCUGCGUUGGAUCCGGCCAGCCGACGGUCCAGAUGCGUCGCCCCGGGCUUGAAAAGCUCUCCCGGUUUGGCUGGAGCGCUGGCAUUGAUAGAGCUUUGAUCGAAUCGAGCAAUCGCUCCUCUUUUAUCUUUUUCUUAAUUUUUUUCUUCUUCUCCCGAUCAAGUCGCCGCGGAUCAUUUUCCCUGACCAGUUCGCUCGCUCCGCCCCGGGAAAAUGUGACCAACAGGAGGAAGAAGAAGAAAAAGAGAUUGAUUAGGUCUGUAGCGCCGCGAUCGCCGAUCGAUCGACUAGGAAAUGUCCCAAGAGGAUGAAGCCCAAUGUGACAGUUUGAAACGAUCGCCGCCACGGCCACCACCACCACCGCUAGCGCCACUGCCAGAGAAUUCCUCCAGCGCCACCACCACCACCACCGCGCACGGCUACCCAAUUGACCAAUUCCUCCAGCAGCACGAGAUUGUCCGAUCGAGCGCCACCACUCCCCUGCGAUUGCUACUCUCGCGACUCCGGUGGGGGAUCAUCAGGCCACCAUUCCCCGCCAGCGCCUUCUCGAUCGAUGGCGAUGAGGAGGAGAGGAUCAAGAGGAGCAGUAGCAAGGAGAGAGGAAGAUCAUACGUGCUGCUGCCACGGUGGAUUUCCAGCCGCCUCACCUUCUACCGCCUCCACCUCGCGUACUUCGUCACCAUCGCCUGGGUCGCAUCGAUCUGCCUGUGGCUUUUCCCCAAGAGCGAUCGCGCCGGGGCGGACAAGCUGGCCUUCAUCGACUGCGUCUACAAUGCCGUGUCCUCGGUGUGUACCACGGGCCUCAUCAGCGUCCGGAUGACCAGCUUCUCGCUGCCGGACAACAUCCUCAUCAUGAUCCUCUUCACGCUGGGCAGCCCGAUCUUCACGUCGGUGCUGCCGCUCUACAUCCGCCUCUUCCAGUUCCGCAAGAACAUCGUGGAGAUCGAGCACCACCUCGGGCAGCCCGAGGUGGCGGCGGCAGCGGAGCUGGAGUCCGAGGGCGAGCCCGAAGCCAAGUCCGAGAUCGAGUCCGUGGUGUCCGAGAUGGAGGCCGAGGUGGUGCCCGAGGUGGUCGGGCACCGGAUCAUCACGCGGCGGCGCUCCGCCAAGAACAUCCACGCCGCCAACGCCGUGACCAAGCUCCGUGACGCGCUGGCCACCAUGCGGCUGGAGCACGACGCGCUCGUCUCGCUCAAUUGGGUCGUCUCGAUCUACUUCGUGGUGUGGACGAUCCUGGGCUUCCUGGUGCUCGAGAUCCUGCUCCAGUGCUCCGCUAAGGACAUGGCGGUGCUGGAGCAAAGGUCUGUCAACCAUCUCUUCUUCUCGCUCUUCGCAUCAAUCUCCACCUUCACGAACUCGGGGAUAUUGCCGCUCGACGAUAGUAUAGCCGCGUUCCGGGAGAACAACGGGAUCCUUCUCUGGCUCUCGAUCUUGAUCCUGGUCGGGAACACCCUCUUCGCGCCCUGCCUCCGCACCACCAUCUGGUGCCUCAAAUCGCUCAGCGCCACCCCGGCCAGGAGAGCGAUCUACGACUAUCUUCUCAAGAAUCCUCGGCGCUGCUUCACUCAUCUCUUCCCCAGGAAUCAAACCAUCUGGCUCGUCGUCACCGUCAUGGGAUUCAAUGCCUUCGAGAGCGCCUUCUUCUACAUUCUCAGCUGGCGGUCGCAAGCGCUCGAUGGCUUGACCACGCCGCAGAAGCUCGUCAACGGGAUCUUCCAGUCCAUCACAACGCGCAGCGCCGGCGAGAACGUCGUCUCCAUCUCCGCGCUCUCGCCAUCCAUGCUAGUCCUUUACAUUGCCAUGAUGUACAUUGCGGUGUAUCCCGUCUAUCUCUCUCGCCAAAACUCGCAAGCCCAAGACGAGAGCGUGGAGAAAACUAGCAAAAAGAUCCAAGACCACGGCAAAAAAAAGAAGAAGAAGAAGAAGGGUGAUUUCUCCAUAGCCAGCCAGUCCAAGCGGCUGAUAGCUACCGACACGGCCUAUCUCUUCAUCUCGAUCUUCGUGCUGUGCAUCAUCGAGAACCGAAAGAUCAACGAUGAUCCACUCAACUUUUCCAUCUUCAACAUCAUCUUCGAGGUCAUAAGUGCUUAUGGCAACGUCGGUUUGUCACUGGGCUACAGUUGCUCGCUGUUGCGAAAGCUGACUUCGUUUAGCUCCGACACAUCGUGUGAAGAUGUGCCUUACAGUUUCUCUGGCACCUGGAGCGUCCCGGGCAAGCUCCUCAUGAUCGUCAUCAUGUUUCUCGGCAGGCACCGUGGGCUACCCGAUAACAUGGACUCUGCCUUGCAAAUCCCAAAGAGUUUCUUCACCACCACCAAGCGCGACCAAAACUAUCAGCACCACCACGAAAAUGGUAUCAGCUUGGACCAUCAACCCGUGGAGAUCCACCCCGAGUACGUGGUGGAGAUUCCGGCAGCCGUGGAUUUCUCGGUCGUGGAGAUUGAUGGCGAUCAAGCUCGUCAGCAAUGCUCUUGCGGGCCGGAUCAUCCCGACCGGUUGGAGCUUCAAAAGCUGGACCGGUUUCCAGUCGUGUGAGGACUGCGAUGCGCCUCAAUAAUGGACACGACCGGCUGUUUGUGGAUUUGAGGAGGUGAGGAGGACUCAACCAAGGGAGAAAGAUGGCGACCAGGAAGGAAAGAAAGAAAAAAACAAUUUUGCUUCGAAAGGAUGGAUGCUGUUCUUCCGGGACGCUUUCCUCGACUCCACAGCCCGUUGACGGCGACUUCCAACACUUGCAAGAAACUCUGCAGUGAUAAGAAAGCCGGGACAAGUUGACGACUUUGAAGAGAUGGUCAGUCGUAAUAGUUUCUCUCGCUCACUUAUAUAAGCAAACGAGAGAGAGAGAGAGAGAGAGAGAGAGAGAGAUAGAUACAAUUUGGGACAAGGGAUCGAGAAAACUUCCUUCUUUUUUGGGCGCUUCUGGCCUGGCCUGCGUCUCUCGACAAAGACGUGUGCGUAACAUGGCAGCAGGGCCCUUCCUUUCUAUCUUUUCGGUGGCUCCAGUGGGAUGGAGACGAUGACUCGAAAGUGGACGAGUCACGACGUUGUCAAAAUGUCUUGACAACGAAAAAAAGGACUUUUUUAUAGAUUUUUUACGUUUCUGGUU